ACCACCUAGCCCUCAUCUGAAAAAAUUAUUCUCCUGUACAGCAGAAGAAAAUGACGUUUUGUGUCUCUGACAACUAGAUUGUUAAACAAGCUAGUUGUGUACAUCUAUAAAAAUUAGAUUAUUUUCUAUUUUGUUAUAUUAAAUAAAAAAUGGCAUUAAAGGUAACGCCCAGGGAUUUUCCAACAAAAAAGUAAUGCAACAUAAGUUCAGCAGUUACAACUGUUACAGCGUUUCACUUCUGCUGCCCCCUACCGAUCAGAACAACUUAAUUCUUUAUUUUUGUAGUGUAAUCACCCUUGGAUUAAAAUUUACAUAGACAUUAAUCAUAGAAACCUGGCUGAGAGAAAUACAUUAAUUUGAUCUGCUUUCUAUCUACACCGAACAGAGCAGAUUUUACAUUUAUUUUGGGAAAUAUGUUGGACUUCAUUUGUAAAGGUCCCUGGGGAUGCUUCUUAAAUGUACUGAAACUCCGGACCAUCUGUUCGUCUGACCUCACAGCCAAAUCUGUCAUCUGGGCCGUGUUCAUAUAAACUAUGCGACACAAGUUACAUUUUUCUCUUUUAACCGGAUCCUUAUAGCAGGUGCGUCACUUUCCUUCAAUUAAACUGGGGGUCAUUUCUCCUCCAGAAUCCGCUCAGACGAUUUCAGUUUUUAUUCCUCGCAUCGGCGUCGGGGUUGCAGAUGGAUUAAAGAUUAAGAGCAGCGGAGGAAUCCAGCAUUUCCUCUCGGGAUAGAGACACUCCACACAAAGUGACACAACGUGGGCGGCGCGUCGAAGACCAGAUCUGCAGGCACGGCGCAGCGGCUCCACGCAGGAGUCAGGAGCUGGGUGUGAAGCUGAGUGGACGUGACGGCGUGGUCCUUUCAAUGUGUUGACCUGGGGAACAACACACGCGUGAAGGCUUAGAGUGGGGCUCGGGCUAAGGCUAAACUGCCCUCUGGAGCGCGUCUGACCAAAUUGGACCUCACUUCAUUAGGAAAGGGAACGAUGCUGUUUUAUCCAUUUUUAAUUUGAGCGUCUGAACUGUUCCACCUGACGUGCCGCAGAUGAUAAAUUGGAUGUAACCUCUGGCGAAAACAUUUUGGAAACGUGAUUUGCGUCUCUCUGCCUGCGCGUAUUUUCUGGAGACAUUUCCAGCGACGCGUCUUUGGCACAGCAAUAAAUCAAAGAAAUGUGCUGCUGUGAAUUUCUUUUGCCAAACUGAACUCAAAGGAGAGUGAUCAAGAGCCAAGAGCUGGGGAAAGAGAUUUUCUUAAUGAAGUGACGAGAAGAAAUUUAUGGCCACAUGAGAAUUACGUGAAAAGGUCUGGAGAUGCGGCGCAAAUGCUUUUAUCUGCUCCAGGUGUUUGCCGUUGUGAGCCUCCUCCCCUCGGCCUCCUUAGCAGAUUUGACAUGUGAAGCUCUGCUGGCAGGGAAUGUCUCACUGCAGUCCCUGGUCGCCUCCUGGAACCAAACCCUGAGCAACACCACAAGCCAGUGGAGCGGUUCAGGAAUCUACUGUGAAACCUCCAUCGAUGGCAUUGGCACAUGCUGGCCCAGGAGCAGCGCUGGCCAGAUGGUGUCCCGGCCCUGUCCCAAGAUGUUUUACGGUGUCAGAUACAACACCACCAAUAACGUUUACAGGAAAUGUCUUGAAAAUGGGACGUGGGCGCUGAAGGGGAACUACUCCAUGUGUAAGGCCAUACUUCAUGAGGAGAAAAAAGGCAAGAUGCACUUCCAGAUCGCUGUCAUCAUAAACUUCCUGGGUCAUUGCAUCUCCAUGGUGGCUCUGCUCAUUGCCUUCUUCCUCUUCUUGUGCUUGAGGAGUAUCCGAUGUCUGAGAAACAUCAUCCACUGGAACCUAAUCACCGCCUUCAUCUUGAGAAACGCCACCUGGUUCAUCGUCCAGCUGACCAUGAGCCCAGAGGUGCACGAAAGUAACGUGCUUUGGUGUCGACUUGUCACUGCCUCAUUCAACUAUUUCCACUCCACCAACUUUUUUUGGAUGUUUGGAGAAGGCUGCUACCUUCACACUGCGAUCGUCCUCACAUACUCCACUGACAAGCUCCGCAAGUGGAUGUUCAUCUGCAUCGGCUGGUGUAUACCUUUCCCUAUAAUUGUGGCGUGGGCCAUCGGGAAGCUGUACUACGACAACGAGAAGUGCUGGUUUGGGAAGCGACCCGGUGUGUACACUGACUACAUCUACCAAGGUCCCAUGAUCCUUGUGCUGGUGAUCAAUUUCAUCUUCCUCUUCAACAUAGUAAGAAUCCUGAUGACCAAACUGCGAGCCUCUACAACGUCCGAGACGAUCCAGUACAGGAAAGCUGUGAAAGCAACGCUGGUACUCCUUCCCCUCCUGGGAAUCACCUACAUGCUGUUUUUUGUCAACCCAGGGAAGGAUGAAAUUUCUCAAAUGGUCUUCAUAUAUUUCAACUCGUUUUUGGUGUCCUUCCAGGGCUUCUUCGUGUCAGUGUUUUACUGCUUCCUAAACAGUGAGGUCCGCUCAGCAGUACGGAAGCGGUUCCACCGGUGGCAGGAGCAGCACUCGAUCCGGGCCAGGAUGACCCAGGCUAUGUCCAUCCCAACUUCACCUUCACGUGUCAGCUUUCACAGCAUCAAGCAGUCCACAUCAAUAUGAAACGAGAAACCAGCUUUACCCUGCAUACUGGGACAAAACCUCCAGCUGUCAUUGUCAUCAUUUCCCACCACCUCAGCGAAGUACACUAAAAAACCUCUCUGAGCAGGGACAAAGAGACACCGCUAAACCUCAGGGGGGACAUUAAACAGACUUUCUGGAGAAAAUGGAUGGUGGCUGGGGGAAAAGGACAUUGCAGACUUUGCAUUAAUAAAGGUUAGCGGAUCAAAAGAUCAGGGAGCUGAUCUGUAUGACCUGAAGUUUCAGUGUGAAUGUACAGCACACCAUUCGGUUUAAUAUUGGCUCGCUGUAAAAG